AUUUAUUCUUAAAACAAACUUUUUAUUCGGCAAUGACAAAUAUUGAUUUUAAUUUUCAUCACGCCAUAUCGAAAAUUCAUCCAAAUGCAUCAUUUCCUCGUUUUUCCGAAAACAGAUCAGUGAACUCGGCUGAGGACGGACAAUGAUUCUCGAGGUUCAGGAAGCUGUUCAAUUUCUUUCAACUUUCAUGUUUGGCCGUAUUCCACGCAGUCGUGUCAAAUCGUUCUGUGGUCACUUGUCAAGCCUGCUGAGCGAGGCAAUCGACGCUAAACGAUGUGUUGAUCGGUACGAUUUGAUAGUUUUCGCCGAUGGGAGAUCAGAUGACACUAUUGUUCAGGCAGCCCGUCGUGCAUAUGUUCAUCUUGGAGAGCUUCAAGAAUGCAUGAACAAUGGUCUUAUUAUGGAGAUUAUGAAUGGGCGUGUUCGUGCUCUGACUCCAUUUUCAUCUCAAGUGGUUUUCCCAAAGACGAUGGCUUCAAUUGGAGAGUAUGAGAAGUUGUGAAUUUAUUAAAUCGUCAUCAAAAACUCAUUCUCAACUCAUAUCGCCAAGAAUCAUCGUGUCAGAUUGCAAUAAAACAUUGAAAAAUGAACUUGUUUGUUU